CUUUCUCUCUCUACACGCCAAACUCUUUACAUCAACAAAAAUCUCGCUCUCUCUCUUUCUCUCUCUCUUUCUCUCUCUCUAUAUGCGUGUUUCUCUCCGAUUAUUACAAAAACCCUAACUAUAGAAUUCUAUUCGAUUAACUACAAUCAUCCGUGUAUUUAGCUCUACGGAUUCUUUUUUUCUAAAUUGUUUAUAGUUUGUUGAUUUAUUAUUUUAUUGUUGCUGUUUAAAGUUGUUUAACUUUUUGGGUAGGUGUUGUCGUAAAUUUGGUCUAUAGAUUGUAGUUACCGAUUGGAUCAUCAGAUAGAUUAUACGUACGACACACGAGGUUUUGAAGAAUUUGUUGUGCUGGUUUGGAGUAUUGUCAAGAUUUCCCUUUUCGCCCUCUCGUUUUGUUUUGUAGUGAUUCGAGAGAAUUGGAGCGGUGAGUCUGCUUUGCUAUUUUUGGAGUUUUCGCGGUUGGGAGUGGAUGGUGGAGACACACGGGGACGAAAAGCUGACGCUUUUUUGGGGAUUUUGUUCCUAGAGCUGAUGACACCAGGGGAUAUGUGAGGAAGGGUUUGGGGUUAUGAUAAGAGGGGAAAAGAGAGGUUUUGAGAAGCUCAGAGUUGUUCUGGAUUGCCGUGUCGUGUUUGCUUGUUAUUGUGUUCUGGGAUGAAGAAUGAUUGCCAGAAACUGCCGCAGGAGGGUGGAAAAGGAGGAGGGCUUAGGUCAUGCCGGAGCAGCAAAAAUGGCUUCAUUCCAACAUCAUUCCGUGCUCUCUCAAGGAUUAUGUCAUCCGGUGCCUCAACUGUUGCUUCAACGGUGAAGUCAGCAGCUUCAGCUGCCUCAGCUAUUGUGGAUAGGGAUAAUGAAUCUACCCAUUGUCAGGUUCUUUGGGCUGGUUUUGACAAGAUAGAAUGUGAGGGACGCAUAACCCGCCAAGUUUUGCUCUUAGGCUGUUGGUAUGGCUUCCAGGUUUGGGAUGUUGAAGAACCUGAUAAUGUUCACAACUUGGUUUCCAAGCAUGAUGGUCCUGUUUCAUUUAUGCAAAUAUUACCAAAACCAAUUUCAUUAAAGCAACAUGGGGACAAAUUUGCCAACAGUCGACCAUUGUUGAUAAUCUGUGCUGAUGGAUCAUUUCCUGGUGGCAGUAAUGCUUCACAAGGUGUAACAACUCCUCGUAAUGGGACGAUUCACCAUAGCCAUGAUGUAACUAACAGUGGUUUUGUGCCCACUGUUGUUUGGUUUUAUUCAUUGAGAUCUCACUCUUAUGUACAUCAUGUCAAGUUCAGAUCAGUUGUUCAUUCUGUGAGAUGCAGCUCUAGAGUUGUUGCUGUCUUACAAGCGUCUCAGAUACACUGUUUUAAUGCUGCAACUUUAGAGAGGGAUUAUAAUAUUGUCACAAAUCCUAUUGUUACGGGCUAUUCUGGAUCUGGAAACAUGGGCUUUGGGCCUCUUGCUGUUGGUCCCAGGUGGAUGGCUUAUACCGGAAAUCCAGUUGCUGUGUCAAAUUGUGGUCGUGUCAAUCCACAACAUCUCACACCUUCUGCUAGUUUCCCUACUUGGGGAGCAAAUGGCAGCCUGGUUGCACAUUAUGCAAAGGAAUCAAGCAAGCAGUUAGCCGCUGGAAUAGUUACUCUAGGGGACAUGGGAUAUAAGAAGCUUUCUAGAUACUACUCUGAAUUGCGACCAGAUGGUAAUGGUUCUCAAGCAGGGGGUGCUCACCUGAAGAUUCAGGGAUUUACUAAUGGUCAUUUGCCUGAAGCAGAAAGUGUUGGGAUGGUACUUGUCCGAGACAUUGUCAGUAAAGAUCUUGUUACACAGUUUAGGGCCCACAAGAGUCCCAUUUCAUCAUUGUGUUUUGAUCCAAGUGGAAUUCUUCUGGUCACUGCUUCAGUUCAUGGUCACAAUAUCAAUGUUUUCCGGAUAAUUCCUUCACUCUUAAAAAAUUCUGGAGCCAAUCAAGCAUCUUAUGUUCAUCUUUAUAGGCUACAGCGUGGCAUAACAGAUGCAGUUAUACAGGACAUUAGUUUUAGUUGUGAUAGCCGAUGGAUCAUGAUUAGUUCGUCAAGAGGGACAAACCAUCUUUUCGCAAUAUCUCCUUCCGGAGGAUCAGUUAGUUUUCAAUCUUCUGAUGCUUAUCUAAGUGCCAGGAAUAAUGGGUCUUGCGUGAUGGCAAAAACUUCAGGUCACUGGCCACCAUCUGGAGUUCAGGAGCUUAAUGAUCAAGUUAUCUGCGAGUCCGGGCCACCAGUUACCCUUUCGGUUGUUGGUAGAAUAAGGAGCGGAAACAAUGGUUGGAAAAACACUGUGAGUGGUGCUGCUGCAGCUGCAACUGGGAGGACAAGCUCUCUCUCCAUGGCCAUUGCUUCUGCCUUUCUUUACUGCAAGAGCAACAAUCAUAGUUUUGAUCCUAGCCUUUUGGUUUCAAAUUACUGCUUGUUGGUUUUUUCUGCAUCAGGUUGUCUGACACAGUAUGCAUUGCGUGCCUCUCCUGGGAUGGAUUCUAUUGCAGCUUCACCUUCUCUAAGCACCACUUGUGAGCCAGGUGUUGAGCCUGAAACAAAAUUAAUUGUAGAGGCAAUCCAAAAGUGGAAUAUAUGCCAGAAACUAAAUCAUAAAGAAAGAGAAGACAAUGUUGAUAUAUAUGGAGACUUUGGAAAUUCGGAUAGCAGUAAAAUAUUUCCUGAAGGAAUGAGGCGGGAAAAUGGAAAAUAUCAUGAGACUAUUGACAAGGUCAAAGGAAAAGUUAGUUCUGAGGAAAGACAGCAUAUGUAUAUAUCAGAAGCAGAGCUGCACAUGCAUCAACCUGUGACUCCAUUGUGGGCAAGACCCGAGAUAUACUUUCAGUCCAUUUUGUUCAAUGACAUUAGCAUGGAUGCCGAUGGCGCUUGUGGAGGAGAGAUUGAGAUUGAAAGGAUUCCCACGCGUACAGUUGAAGCCAGGUCUAAGGAUCUAGUUCCAGUUUAUAAUUAUCUUCAAGCUCCCAAGAUACAGCAACAAAGGAUGUCUGGCAACAAUGAUCAACUAUUGCAUAUUCAAAGGUCUGAGGUAUCUGGGAAAGACAAUCCUAUGAAUAGUAAUCUUGGUUAUCCUCACUGCACGACUAAUGGAUGCAUUGAACCAUAUAAUGGAAUAGAAGAAAAUGGAAGCAAUGGUUGCUGGAUGGCACCAGAAACAACAACUAAGGACAUUGUAUAUAAUAGUGACAGCCCUAAAGCAAACACUCAGCUAGGGUUUGUAAAUAAUAGUCAGAUCUCCACGAAGGAGACCCAAGCUAAGUUUGUAAAUAAUGACAUAGAUGGACUGAAAAGGAAGAAUCAUUUUGAAGGUGAAGUUGAAGAGUUUGACUGAAGGUGAUGCAGUUGAAUGAUGUGUUCUGUUGUGGAACUUGUUGAGUGUUGAUGAUCUAUUUCGUUUUCUUCGUGGGAGGGUUCUGAAAGUGUGAAUAUGGUGGGUGGAUUUAUGUAUAGAAGGAUAGGUAUAGUGGUCUAUUGUGGACGCAGAAUGCGCCUUCAGUAUUGUAAAUAAUAGAUGGUGAACCAAUGUUAGCAGUUGACAUGUAUAUAUUACUUAGUGUCCUACAACAUUUUGUUGUGAGCUCUUUGAAUAAUUGAUUUAUUUGUUGCUGCUUGAAAAUUUGCAUC